UUUUUAGAAUUUUCGACGACAAAUACUGUAGGAAUUCGUAAACAUCCCGCCAUAGUGUUAUUAGAAUAUUGCAACCUCUUUUGUACCAGACACUUCGCCCCCUUACAGCUCCGCCUUUUUCUCCCUUUUGCCUUUUCUCACAAGAAAGGUUUGCUCCGUAAUUACUUUUGCAAAUAGAUUUGUAAAAAGAUCAGUCAUACAAGCGACUCUUUUAUUUUCCUGAUUCUUUUUUUUUUGGGGUCGCCAGCUAUCUUCUUCUUUCCGAUUUGCAGUCGCUCUGUUUCACUCCUCCAUACAUUCCUUGUACGGCCGAUAAUACCCACAUAGGAGACAGGCCACUGAUCACUUUCCUUCCUCUCGGCUUAUGCAACAAUGACAGGCAGUACUCCAAUCGACUUCGUUAUUGGAUUCUUAGUAUCGCUAGGUGCAAGCACACUGAAUGCGUUAGGAUUGAAUCUUUUAAAACUGGAUCACGUUCGAAACGCAAAAAAACUAGAUACAGAACAGCGACAUGAUUGUGGUCGUCCAAUGUGGCAUUUUGGCCUGUAUUUGUACAUCGCUAGUCAACUGAUUGGCAGCACCAUUGCACUGAACUAUCUCAAAACUCAGUGGGUUGCUCCCCUGGGUAGUGCGGCCCUUAUUUUCAACUUCAUAUUUGCAAAAAUGCUGGUCGGCACAAAUAUUGAGCGCAAGGAUAUUCUUGGCACAUUUGUAGUCGUAGCCAGUGUUAUAUGGAUUGUUGUAUUUGGAGGCAUCAACGGCGGCGAUGAUCCCGAAGCAAACCUCUCCUUAGACUCUCUCAAAGCACUUUACCUACGGCCAUUAUUUGCAGUAUACUUUGGAAUCUUGAACCUCAUCACGUUGACCGGAUUAGUCUUCUCCAUCUAUGCUUCCUGGCUUAUUUCAAAUGAUCGACGACGAAGUAGAUUAUACAUUCUUCGAGACCUCCCUAACGACACCAUGAAGAAACUGGUUGGAAUAUGUAUGAGCAUUGUCGGUGGACUGCUCGCUUCAGAGACUUUACUACUUGCCAAGAGCGGGGUCAAGCUAUUUGUCAUUUCUGUAUCGACCGGUGACAACCAGUUCACCGACUCUAUUAGCAUCUUCAUUCUAAUCGCAUUGUUAGUAACUGCUAUAUUACAAGUAUACUGCUUAAACACAAGCUUGAAGCUUCACUCUUCCAUGGUGGUUGUUCCCACUUUCUAUGGAACAUACACCUGUAUGGGCUUGAUCAAUUCAAUGAUUUACAUGGAUGAAAUUGGAACUUAUCCAGCAUGGGCCAUCGUUCUCGUCCUUAUCGGAGUUGCCUUCCUCAUUUAUGGAGUUAUGUUAUUGAGUGCAGAGAAAACCGAAAAACCAGUGGAAGAGCAAGUCGCCGUGACUGAGACGCAUAUUCGAGGCGCUGGCGAUGAUGAAGAGCUGGGAGACAUUCGAACCAUACAGCUACCCAAUGUACCCGCCACUGCCAAAACGUAUAUCCCAUCCGACUCAACUCGUGGCAAACAUAUUCGCAUGUUUUCAGAAGACCAUGAUGAUUUUGUAUUUGAUAUACCCGAAAGCACUUUGCGCGACUCUGGCGAAUCCCUUACCGGCACUUUGCUACGAAAAGAUGAUAAGGGCAGAAUCAUUGUUGAUUCCACUAACACUGGAUACUUCCGAAGAGGUAGCAAAGCCAAGCUUAAGGGCGUCAAAGGAGUGGCUUCUGGGUUUCGAUCCAUGCUCAAUCCUCAGCGAUACAAGAAUAUCGAUAAAUCCUCCCCUCGCCCUUCCACCACCAUCCCCAUGGAAGUUUCUGCACCUGAUUAUGACCAAAUAGAGACUACAUCUACCAGCUAUACAGUCGCUCCUCAUGUUGUCGAAAAUGGGAGCCAUGUAUCACCUGGACUAGAUGAUACUCUACGACGAAGGAAUCCAACCGAUGCAGUACCAGAACAAGAUGCUUAUAGGGCAUCCGAUCUCCACCUUGACAUGUUGGCACACCCUUUACCAUCCGCCAACACUAGUCCAACCCCAUCUCAUAUUACUGGCGAUCAUGUCAUUAAAGGUUAAAUUUAAAUUACUCGCUCUUUGUCC